GAGAGAGGAAUGAGGAGAGGAAGAGAGAAAAUGGAGAGAGAAUAGACUCAGAGAAGAAAAACAGAUUAGAAGACAAGUCAGAAUUUAUGCCUUGAUGAUUACAGUUGAUGGUGUGCUUUGGCAACGAUCAUUUUGCGGCAGAAUAUAUUGUCUCGUUAUGGCUGGUGAAUUGCAGUCGCUAAUCGUAUUACACCGAGGUGAACAUCUCUACUGUGAACCAUGAAUGCUGUGCAAAACUCCAUGAAGAAUGAGGGAAGAAAGGAAGAUGAAAGAUGUACAGAAGCAAAACCCGCCUUGACUCUAAGACAAGUGAUAUGUCUGGUGGCGAUCGGCGGCACCAAACUCCUGAAUGGAAUGAUGUCUGGCUGGCCCGCGGUUUUGCCCAAGAUGCAGGAGGACCAAAGCAGGUUCACGGUGACGGACGAGGACGUGGCCUGGAUCAUUUCCCUGAUGUUCAUCAUGGGCUUCGUGGUCUCCCCCCUGGCGGGCUUCGUAGCGGAGCACGUGGGUCCGCGGCGCCUGCUGGUCAUCGCGAUGUUCCCUGUGUCCGGGUUCUGGCUCCUGCAGGCCUUCAGUCCGUACCUGUGGCUCCUGUACCUCGGCAGGGGCCUUCUCGCGUCCACUGCCACAGUAACAUUCACCAUCGUGCAGCCCUUGGUGGUAGAGCUCUGCCCGCUGAGAAUCAGGGGUCUGGCUUCGGUCCUGCCAGAGCUGUUCCACUGCAUUGGACUGCUGGCGUCCUACCUGCUGGCUUCUCUGCUGUCCUGGGACAUGGCUACUGCCAUUUCCGCUGCCCCGUUCUUGCCCUUGUCUCUGAUGGUACUGCUUGUACCAGAGGUUACGUCUCUUUCCCUGAUGUUCAUCAUGGGCUUCGUGGUCUCCCCCCUGGCGGGCUUCGUAGCGGAGCACGUGGGUCCGCGGCGCCUGCUGGUCAUCGCGAUGUUCCCUGUGUCCGGGUUCUGGCUCCUGCAGGCCUUCAGUCCGUACCUGUGGCUCCUGUACCUCGGCAGGGGCCUUCUCGCGUCCACUGCCACAGUAACAUUCACCAUCGUGCAGCCCUUGGUGGUAGAGCUCUGCCCGCUGAGAAUCAGGGGUCUGGCUUCGGUCCUGCCAGAGCUGUUCCACUGCAUUGGACUGCUGGCGUCCUACCUGCUGGCUUCUCUGCUGUCCUGGGACAUGGCUACUGCCAUUUCCGCUGCCCCGUUCUUGCCCUUGUCUCUGAUGGUACUGCUUGUACCAGAGGUACGUCUCGUGCGUUUGGGUUCAUGGAGAACAUCAUAUAAAUUUGCUUGA